UUCGUGUGUUUUAGCCCAGGCACUUCAGCGCAGCCAUUGAUGGAAGGGCUGUCUUUGGGCAAUGACAGCGAAUGGGCUUUGGCAUUCGCGUUCGCGUUUCGGGGCUUCGCGAAUAAUCCAAAAGAAUUGUAAGUUGGCCUACCGCGCGCGAAUCCUUGAGAGAAAUUAUUUGACGUCACAGAGACGAUUCGCCUGAAGUUAUAAUGACAUUGCAGGCUACAAUAUCGCCAUCCGCUCUGUUCGCAGACUAUCGCAACUUCACUGAACUACACCAUGUAGGACUGAAUAAUUUCUUGAUUGAAAUAUUAGAAUAAAAGAGUUUCAUGGAUUGAGGAUGACCAAGUUAAUACUUUUCCUACUGUGUGGGUUCCUGAUCCUGAGCCUUGAGGCGCUGGUCAUCCCGGAGAAAGCCGCCGCCCGUCUUCAGCCUCCACGCACAUAUGACCAAGGCCCGUCACCAACGGACCCCAACCGCACCAAGUGCCAACCCAAAGUCAUCCAUACCUACUGCUUCAACAGAGGGACUUGUUUCGCCGUCAAGUCCGGGGAGAAGAUGCAGUACGGAUGUGUGUGUCAAUCUGGAUGGACAGGAUAUCGAUGUUCAGAAGUCAACUUGAAUAUGUACCGGUACAUGGCGUAAGGACUCCACAGAACGUGCCACGAAUGUUCAAUAUAAUUUUGGCGAACAUGACGAAAUAACUAAAAAGAAAAACUACAUGUGAGGAGUACAUGUACUUCUGACUACUUCAUCAACAUAAUCGUUCGAUGGAAACCGAUUGCUCCCCGGCCUAUUGGCUGCAAGCAGGUCAUGAGGAGUUCGGAAGCGAAUGCAUAUCAGAUACUACUGAUUUCAUGCUCUGGGCCUCGCAAUCAAUAGGCGAUAUCCUAAAUGAUUGGUUGGUCCCGCGGGACGGGGGUCAGUCUUUUCAUAAACAUAAUCAUAGACACGAAUGUGAUGGACAUCUGAGACAAUUAUUAGGCAUGUUUUGAAGAUGCGUAGCAGCAAUGAGGAAUCAUCAAGUAGGCCAUGAGAUUGACUAUAUCAGUCGCGCCAAGUUGCGCCCGUGACGCGCUUAUCUCUCUCAGCUUCAUGUAAGUUACGCUCGACUUACGCACGACCUACGCGCUGGGUUUAGGGAUGACAAUUCUGAUUUGGACUGUAACUGGAAAGAAAAAA